ACAAAAAGCAACUGAUUUAGUUAUUUUUUUUUUCUCAGAUAAUUAAGUUGGUUACUUUUGGUUCGAUGUUGGUCAACCUGGCGCAUCCACGAGAACUGUCAGUGAGUUUCGAAGCGUUUGUGAACUGCAAUUAAUUAAUGAUUAGUGACAGAACAAUGGGACCGAGCGAUGAUAUACGGCAGCACGAUUAAUUAACGGAGGACGACAAGAAGAAGAAAAAAAAAACAAACAAAUUAAAUAUAUAACUAAAAUGAGUGCGCGCGAGAUGGCCGAGGAAGGUCUCCCGGUGAACAUCCUCGGUGGACAGUUCGAGCAGGACGUCGUUCCGUUCGGUUCGACCAUCUCCAAUGCGGAAUUGGAGAAUUACCUGAAGGUUCACGCCGGCGAGUUCAACCUCUCCGAUUACGGCGGUUUCGGCGAGAUCGAGGAGGCGGUGAACAAGUGCAACGCGUUGUACGCGAACGACACGCUCGACCUGAAGAAACGGUUUCCCGAUGACGGCGACUUCUGCGAAACUGUCUUCGAUUCGAUCUCGUGCUGGCCACCCACCCAGCUCAACGACACCGCCGUCGUCAGAUGUUUCUCCGAGCUGAACGGCAUCAGAUACAACGAUACACGUAAGU